UCAAGGUGAAUUUGUGCACUACAUGCUAUAAAUAAGCACCCCUCUCGGUGUUGUUGUUCAUUGCUAGACACUAAACAUUUCCUCCGUAAAUUAUUCAUAGCAUAUUUCAAACCACACUCAAAAGGCUUCCCUCCCUGACUUGGAUUUGAUUGAUUUCAUUACAUUGCUACACUAUAUUCUUUUUAUUGGUGAAUUGCUAUUUGCUACACUAUAUUUUAAGGACAAUUAUACAUAGACUAUAUGGGGUUGAUGGCUGCGAACCAAACUCAAUUGUUGUCUAAGAUGGCCAUCGGAGAUGGACAUGGUGAAGCAUCCCCAUAUUUUGAUGGAUGGAAGGCUUAUGAUGAAAACCCCUUUCAUCCCAAAGAGAAUCCUAACGGGGUUAUUCAAAUGGGUCUUGCUGAGAAUCAGCUUACUUCUGAUUUGGUUGAAGAUUGGAUACUGAAUAACCCAGAGGCCUCCAUUUGCACUCCAGAAGGAAUAAAUGAUUUCAGGGCAAUAGCUAACUUUCAGGAUUAUCAUGGUCUACCCGAGUUCAGAAAUGCUGUGGCUAAAUUCAUGGGUAGAACAAGAGGAAACAGAGUCACGUUUGAUCCUGAUCGUAUUGUCAUGAGCGGUGGAGCAACUGGAGCACACGAAGUCACUACCUUUUGUUUGGCAGACCCCGGUGACGCAUUUUUGGUGCCAAUUCCUUAUUAUCCAGGUUUUGACCGGGAUUUGAGGUGGAGAACAGGAAUUAAACUUGUUCCAGUUAUGUGCGAUAGCUCAAACAAUUUCAAGUUGACAAAGCAAGCAUUGGAAGAUGCGUAUGAGAAAGCCAAAGAGGAUAACAUUAGAGUAAAGGGCAUGCUCAUCACCAAUCCUUCAAACCCAUUAGGCACAGUCAUGGACAGAAACACACUAAGAACCGUGGUGAGCUUCAUCAAUGAGAAGCGUAUCCAUCUUGUAUCUGAUGAAAUAUACUCUGCAACAGUUUUUAGCCGUCCCAGUUUCAUAAGCAUUGCUGAGAUACUAGAGGAAGACACAGACAUCGAAUGUGACCGCAACCUCGUUCACAUUGUUUAUAGUCUUUCAAAGGAUAUGGGGUUCCCUGGCUUCAGAGUUGGCAUCAUAUACUCUUACAAUGAUGCUGUGGUCAAUUGUGCACGCAAAAUGUCAAGCUUUGGGUUGGUGUCAACACAGACUCAGCAUCUUUUAGCAUCAAUGCUAAAUGAUGAUGAGUUUGUGGAAAGGUUUCUGGAAGAGAGUGCAAAAAGGUUGGCACAAAGGCAUAGAGUUUUCACUUCGGGGUUGGCCAAAGUUGGCAUAAAGUGCUUGCAAAGCAAUGCUGGUCUCUUUGUGUGGAUGGAUUUAAGGCAACUUCUCAAGAAGCCAACGCUUGACUCUGAAAUGGAGCUUUGGAGAGUGAUCAUUCAUGAGGUUAAGAUCAAUGUUUCACCUGGCUCUUCUUUCCAUUGCACUGAGCCAGGGUGGUUUAGGGUGUGCUAUGCCAACAUGGAUGAUAUGGCUGUGCAAAUUGCAUUGCAAAGAAUUCGAACCUUCGUGCUUCAAAACAAGGAGGUCAUGGUUCCUAACAAGAAACAUUGCUGGCACAGUAACUUGAGGUUGAGCCUCAAAACCAGAAGGUUUGAUGAUAUCAUGAUGUCACCUCACUCCCCUAUACCUCAGUCCCCUUUGGUUAAAGCCACAAUUUGAGUUGCCAUAUUUCUCUGCACCAUCUCAGAAGAAGUAACUGAUAUACGAUGAUUAUUUGGUUCUUUGAUUUGUUAUUUUGGCAAGGUACAUAAGUGCUGGAUUUUGUUCUUUCUAACAACAAUAACAGACAACUCCUGAUAUUGUUUUUGUUACCAACAACAUCAAAGUCUCUUUGCCUUGCGUCAUAGAACUUGUGCUGCUGGAAGCAUGCCCCUUCAAUUUUUAGGGGCAUUUUUUCUUUUUUCACUUGCCAAAUAUUGGGUUCAAGGUGAAAAAAGUUUAUACAGUUGGUAAGGUUAUUGGUUUGUUAGAAGAGUCCAGAAGAAGUCUGUAUUCUUGUACUGUAAUUGUAAGGUCGACUAUGAAUAAAUUGUUAAUAAAGGGUAUUCAUUACCCACCUUCUUUUCUUUACAUAAAAUAA